CGCGUCGACGAUUGUCAGUACGACGAUUGGCCGGCAGUGUGAAAAGAGGGGUGCCUAGGGAAAUACGUUGAAACACACGGUUGUGCUGUGAGGUGGUUGUGUGGCGAGAACGGAGAAGCAAGAGGGGUGCAACGAACCCUCUAGGCUCGGUUCGAGUCUACGGAGCGCGGAGUUGUGUUCGAAUCAUGGCGACACCCGACCCCGUAGACCCAGCCACCCUAGAGAUAAAGACCCGUAGCAUAGAACAGACACUACUCCCACUAGUAAAGCAGAUCUCCACGUUAGUGUCGCACAGGGAACGUCCGCUAUGUUCGGACAGAAGUCUCCGUGCGGUCGCCAGAGUCGGGCAAGCAGUGAACCUGGCGGUCGAAAGAUUCGUCACUGUUGGCGAAACAAUUGCAGAUGACAAUCCGGAAAUUAAGCAGGACAUGUACGAGGCGUGUAAAGAGGCAAGGGUUGCUGGUUCAGCAAUCGAGAAAUUAUGCGAGUGCGCGAUGGAGGACAGUUUGGCCGAUCGUGGCUCUGUCGUCAGGGCUGCGAGAUGUCUUCUUGGGUCUGUGACGAGAGUCCUCCUUCUGGCUGACAUCGUCGUGGUCAAACAGCUUCUUCUCGCGAAAGACAAAGUGGCUCGUAGCCUGGGUCGCCUCGAGAGCGUCUCGAAUUUCACCGAAUUCGUGAAGGCAUUCAGUCAGUUCGGGGCUGAGAUGGUGGAACUGGCUCAUUUGACCGGUGAUCGACAGAAUGACUUGAAAGACGAGAGACGGAGGGCACAGAUGGCCGCAGCUCGCCAAGUUUUAGAGAGAAGCACUAUGAUGCUGCUCACGUCCAGCAAAACCUGCUUGAGGCAUCCGGAAUGUCCAUCUGCCAGGGAGAACAGAGACACCGUUUUCUGCCAGAUGAGAAGAGCCAUGGAUUUGAUACACUACGUGGUUAAAGAUGGGGUGCUGGACUGCAGCGAGUCACAAUCCUACUCCAAUUCUCAGAGCCCACAGCAGGAGGACUGGGACAGCAGCACUGCUUUCUCAGCUCUGAAACAUUUCGAGAGACUCGUGGAAACUACGAGAAUGACUCUCCUAGGACCAGGUUGCCGGGAAACUCUCACAUCCGCGCUGGAUACUGUCGUCGAAAGGACCCAGGACUUCACUGAUAGCGCUUACACGAGCCACGAGCACCGAGAGAACAUCCUUUUACUCUGCGAUCGUGCGAAACUCGAGCUCAAUACCUUAUUGCGGAUCGGUAACAGCAUGAAUUACGAAGGUGGAGGUGGAUCCCCAAGCUCUGAGAUGGAACAAGCUGUGCUGGGUGUGUUACGUACCACCAGGGAUCUUCGUCAGCAGCUAUGCACCACGACCAUGGAACAAGCUGGUGACCUUGGACAGGUAACCAAAGCUGGACAAGAACUUGUGUCAACCAUCAGGAAUCUCGCUCUGGCUAAUGACAUAAAUCGUCUUCAAGAGAGCAGCGAUAGAUUUCACGAGUACAUCGAUCAUAUUCUUGAAGUUUGCAAAAUGCUGAGACACGUUGCACUCUCGGAAUCACUGCAAGUUUCAGCAAAGUUCACGGAAAUCAACUUGAGAAUAUACGGUCCCCAAGUGGUAACAGCCGCUCACACGUUGGCCAGACACCCCACCAGUAAAAUCGCUAAGGAAAACCUAGAAGUGUUCACCGACAUGUGGCAAUGGCUCAUGACCGAUGUGACCACAGUAGCGAAAGAUGUGCUCGAGUUGAACCAAAAUCGACCGGAGAAACAAGUUUACAUGUCCCUGCCGCGGCCAGGAAAACACGGCACCACCAGCAAACCCCUAAAACCCGUGCGACUGGACAGCGAGGAACAGGCCAAGAUCGCAAAAGCCGGUCUGGAGAUGAAGCUGAUUACAUCCGAGAUGGACGCGGAAACGGAGAAGUGGCAGGAAAGCGGAAGCGCCCUGGAGGAGAACAACGACAUCGUAAAACGCGCGAAAAACAUGUCGUCCAUGGCGUUCUCUAUGUAUCAGUUCACGAGAGGCGAGGGUGCAUUGAAAACAACCCAAGAUCUGUUCACCCAAGCUGAGUAUUUCGCUGAGGAAGCGAACAGAUUGUACAAAGUUGUGAGACAAUUCAGCUAUCAGGUACCAGGGGGCCCGCACAAGAAAGAACUUCUGGAAAAUCUCGACCGUGUGCCGACAUAUGUUCAACAACUUCAAUUCACCGUGAAGAAUCCCACAGUCGGGAAAGCCGCCACAUUUACGAAAGUCGAUAACGUGAUACAAGAGACUAAGAAUUUAAUGAACGUGAUUUCGAAAGUGGUCACCACAUGUUUCGUCUGCGCCACAAAGUACAACCUGGAUUUCCGAGGUCUGUCGGCGCGUGGGGCCGGCGGCUCGCCGUACAGGGGCGGAGAGGGUGCAGGCGCCGACGGCGACGGUGGCGGUGCUGGUGUCGACGGCAGCAAGACGGGCUCCGCCCCCGGCAGCGACCCGUCCGUCUGACAGUUUGGGAUGGCCCGACGGGCCAAGGGGGACGCUCGCCGCACCCGGGUUUCCUUUCUACUUUUCUAGGAAGAACCCUCGCCUGCCCCAGCGAAGCGUACACGUCGAGGCCUCAAGGACUCUCUACAGAGACCCUUGGUACUCGUUCGUUAAACAGAAUUUCGAUAUUUUUCCAAGGGAUUUUUGCUUCUUCUUUUUUAUGUUUGAAAAGGUCGUUCGUGUGGUUUUUAACAUCUUAAGUACAAUAUAAGUCAUUGAUAACACUUUUCAGUGGAAUCAAAUUAUUUGAAAGUAGUAUUGUCUGAAAUAUAUCCGCCAAGAUCAACGUGAGAACCAUAUGGUAAUUAAUUAUUGAUGAUUGGCAAUAUCAAAAUUUCAUUAAAUAAUACAACAAAAAUUCACAGGUAUGUGUCUAAAAUCUGAUGCCUUUUAACCCUUCAAAUGAAAGUAAUAUGAAAUUGGGGAUCUCUCCAUGGUCCGCCAUCCGAAAGUAGAGCUAAUGUAAAAACAAGUAGUAUAACUUGAAAUAUCACCGACACCAUCAACCUCUAAGCUUUUUCUAUAAACUAUAUACAUUCUUACAAAAUCACACGUCCUAAAUAUUUGAAGAAAUAUUACAAUAUCCAACACAGUGCCAUAAAAUCCCUUGGAAAGAAGAAAUUCAAUAAGAUUCAUUCCAAAAUCACAUUCAAAUUGCUCUCGAUUAAAAUCUUCGAUAGAGCAUGAAAGAACGAUCCAACUGGGCAUAAUUUUGAGAAAAAAAAGAUAAACAAUCUUGGACAAGCCUUUCGUUGGAGAAAGUGAAGUAUACCGGUGCUAUUGGAGCCAGUCGACUGGUAGCCAUGAUUAACGUAAGAGAUACAUAGAUGAUAAGUUUAACCGCGAUAUUCGAAGCACACUGAAUUUCUCUCCACUUCGUAAUCUAUGAAAAUAAUGAUGAUUUUCAAAUAGACUAUCAUUAGAUCGUCGACGUGUACGUUUCAAUACGUAAAUCGCUUCGAGCACAAGCUAAAUAUACCAGCCGAACUAGCUACAACACACGUUUCUGCGUUGCUCAAUAUAGAAGAUUCGUGGUCUUUCCGAAACGAGGACACGAUUUUUAUAAAAAGGAAAUAACGACGAGUAACUUAGGCACGCUUCAUUUUUGCACCAAAACGUACGCGUCCGAUCAUGUGACCUCGUUUACGUCAUUCGCUAAUUUACGCUGAUUAGCUGAAAAUUUCACUAAUUAAGAAAUUGUCGAAUGAUCGACGCGGCCGUUGAAAAUAUAAUCGCCCCGAACACGACCCAUCUAAUUAAACUAAACGAGACAGGAAUUAACGUCACUCGAAACGAACGGAUUCAGCGUGGAAAAUUUCCACUCGAAUUUCAUCGUGCGACCCGUGAUCCGUAUGAAAAAUCACAUUCCACGAUGAAACUCGAUGUGUUUUCGGUGGCAAUAAUGCAGCCAUAUCAAAACAACUGACAUUCUAAGCGAACAACGCGAGCUGCUUGAGGUAAAUCAACACCCGUGGCUAAAUAGUUGCUUUAGGUUGCUUUAACUGGAAGCCGUUUUGUCGAAGCCAAUAAUCUGCGUAAAUAGUACGUUUCUGUAAGCCUCUUUUCCGGGCGAUAUGAUUUUGCUGCUGUUUCGAAUUUCACGAAUUUAAACGGCAGCAAAAUAAAAUGCGACGGCAGCGCGUUUCAUCGUUAACGAGCCUCUUCUUCGUUAAUUAAACCCAUGGCUUCCGAAAUGGCAAUGAUAAUUCACGCGCAGAGGAAUCGUUCUUCCAUGUAGAAGAGUUGGUGCAACGACAAUAAUAAUUCGGUUUGUCGAUCGGAGAGUGCCUUUUAGAGGUGAAUACCAUUAAUAGAGGCCAUCUUCCAUUUUAAGCGUCUCACCAACUUUGAUCUUCAAAGAAUUCCUACAAGCGCCGAUUCUUUUCAACUGUUCUUCAUCUUUAUAAUUAUACUCGUUAACGCGAGCGUGCUGCUAAUUGAAAUGCUUCUCGAGAUCUGCUUUGAACGUCCAAAGGAACCCUUAGGUGAUCAAUAAAUAUUGAAAGUAAAAUAUUUUUAGGAUUGAUGGAGCUUCUGUCGACUACAAUGAAUAUUGUUAAUGAAUAUUGAGAAUUUUGAUAGUGAUUGUACGAGGGUUCCUUGAUUGAUAUAUCGCUAAUUAGCUUGUCUGGCAAGAUGUAUUUGUGUAGCCAGGCAAUCUUGCUUAUUACGUGUGCAUCAGCUAUGCGUGGAAAAGGGUGGGAUCUGAAUUAUUUUAUUAAAAAUUAAAGUACCAUAAAUUUUAGGGAGCUCUGAUAAUACCUUUAUCAGCUGGUUUUACAAUACUCUUUUAAUCAUAGAAAAAAAAUUAAUAAUUUAGAGUUUAAAUUUAAUUUUAAAUUCGAAAUUUUCUAUUUAUUAUCCUUGCAAUAUAAAACUAUUUUGUGAAUUUGAAAAUUUAAUCGUUUAAUUUUAGUGUGGGUUACAAUGAAUCCUUUUACUAUGAUUAUUAUAUUUUAAAGGUAUUAUUUGAUCUCUAAAUCAGAUUCCACGCUCAUCACUGAAUGAUUUUGCGAAAAAUACAAUUGACUAUCAGAUGUUUGCUUUUCGCACUCGUGUAUCGUAGGCUGCAAACAUUGCGAAUGGUAAAAAAGAAACCAUGAUCGAGCACGGUUCAGAAACGAUGGGGCAGGAGAUGGUAAUAGAGGGUGACCUGGGGGCGGCAGCAGGGCGGUCAGGGACGUACUUUGUGGCAAAGACACGUUGGCUCACUAAUCUCGAAAUCUCGUGGUUUUGAGACCCGUUAAGCGUAGAUGCGGUUCAGCUUCUCGAUUCCACGUUUCCAUGUAUUUUUCAAUUCGAGUCCUUGCGGUUCUGAGGAUCGAGAAGCGAACGAAACUAGCUGUUCGCGUUCGCGAUUGAAAUACUCGCGCAGAGUCGUCUUUGAAACCGCUGAUGAAAUUCGGAUUCAUUUGUCCGAAAAUCGAGACCGAUUCACCUUUUUGGUACGAAAAGUAAUUCUAGUCGUUAAAAAAUUCAAUAUUAAAAAAAAAGAAAAAUGUUAAGUAGCAUCAGUGAUAUAUUAAUUACGCAAAGUAGCGAGUGGAAAGCUUAACACUUUUAUUCCAUAAAAUUUAAUUAAGUAAUUAAAAAAAAGCAAAAACUCUGCUUUGUCGUACCGAAAGGGUUAAUCACCAUUAUCAACGAUCUUGCACGAAGAACAACUCGCCACGUAUUUUAUAUUUCACCGGGACAUUACUAUUGACAAUUCAAAAAAUAAUGUAUCGAGCUGUUCUUUGUACACGACAAUAAACGUCGAAUCUUUUACACCUCACGUCGAUAGUGUCUUAUCACUAUUAUUAAUUGAAAAGUAGUUCCGUGAUCAAGUACCAGCUUUCACCCGAUGGAAGCUUGGUUGAAGACGUUUAAAAUCACUCGAUUAUAAAAACAGCGAAGUGAGGGUGAUUUUAACGUAGAUUAUAUUAAGAAAAAUGAAAAUCGAAUGAAACGAGGACGAAAGCGUUUGUACAUAGAACAUUUAAGUUCAAGCGAGCUAAACGUCGACCAGUCAUGCAUUUCUCGUACUUACAACUAUCUAUCUUAUCUAUCUAAUCUAUCUAUUAAUAUAGAGGAUCGAUUCUGUAUGUAUUAUACAGAGUUGGCACAAAGAAUGCGAAUAUACCAGCAGAUUAUUCUGUGGUCUAGAAACCGAUCGUUUUAGUCGAUUAUUGCUUGCGAUUGUAAUUAAAGCAAUUAAAGCAUACUUUGUGUCUCGAGAAAUCGACUGAUUCGAUCGAUGAAAUUCAAACGAAAUUAACGAAACGAGGGGUAAAUUGGAAGCCUCGAAUUAGAGGACGUUGAUGGAGUCCUCAAGAUGUUCCUAGAGUGUAAUUACGCGGAUUUCGUAGAGCGUGUACGCGUAUAAUCUCGCAGGAAUGUAAGUUGUGUAAACACAUACGCGACGCGUUUGUACAAACUCUGUAUCAUACCUUAUUUCGCGGUCGUUAGAGUAGGGCUCGUAAGGACGGGGGGGGGGGGGGGUAAGUUUAAGUUUUUCUUUUUGUAUAAAACGGCACAAAUAUUUUGUAAGAGAGAAGGAGGGUUCAGUUUUUGUCGUUAAUCGAAUCGUGUCUGAUUGGUGGGGUCAUAGGUAUCGUUAAUCAACUAGCAACGAUCCACGAAGCUCGACUGCUAGAUCUACGUAUGAAAAACGGUGAUUCAUUUUAUUAAUUUUUCACUAAUUGUCUAUGGAAAAUAGGUAACUUGAUUCUUCGUAUUUUUAGAAUUUUAAAAACCACCAUUUACAGAGUUUCAUAUUGCAAUUUAGAAAUUUCUUUUAUAAUAUUAGGGAAUCAAAGAUCCUAGCUAAAUUAAUUUUCUUUACAGAGCAGUAGUUUAUUAUUAUUAUAAUGUUGACCUUUGUGCUUUUAGAAUUCUAGAAUCCACUAUUUUCAGAGUUUCGUAUUGCAAUUAGGAAAUUUCUUUUAUAAUAUUAGGGAAUCAAAGGUCCUAGCUAAAUUAAUUUUCUUUACAGAGCAGUAGUUUAUUAUUAUUAAAAUGUUGACCUUUGUGCUUUCAGAAUUCUAGAAUCCACUACGUUCAGAAUUUCAUGUUGCAAUUUUGGAAAUUUAUAAAUAAUACUAUUAUUGAAUAAAAAACCUUUACUGCAACUAAUUUUCUUUGCAAAGCAAUAAUUUAUUAUUAUUCAAAUUUAGAUCUUGAUACUCUUUAAAAAUUCAUUACGCUUAGUACUUCAUAUUGCAACUUAAAUAUUUUAAUAAUCAAGCAACAAUUAACCAUUCCUCCAAGAUCUACAGAUACAGCUUCGUGUCAGGUCGAAUUUGUUGUUUCCUAUCCAAAAUGGAGUUCUCAUCUCGAAUAUUAGCGUAAAGCAGUGGUGAUAGUAAGUACACAUAGAUGAUCGGAUUUCUAGUCGUUGAAUAGAGUCAGUUUGUAAGUGUAAUCGGUAAUAUCGUUAGACAUGUAACAAUAACAUUAACAAUAACGACUCGGAGUUACACGCUCUUAGUAUUCACAUAAUCGUGACAUUACGCUUCAUUGAAGCUUCUUGAUAUUCAAGCUCGCGGAAUAAUUAUUUCUUGUUCAUUUCCAUUUUCAAGCAUUUCGUAGGUACACUGUCCCGAAUUUACCCGUGUAUAAUUCUACCUCAAUUCUUGAAAUGACGAUUAGGUAUUCGAGGAAUUUCAUUUGUUCGUUGCAGGAUAACACUUUUCUGAUAUACGUAAAUCAACUUUGAAGAUUCCUGGUAAUCUGAACAGCUAGAACCUGUCGUAGAUGGAAAAACCAUUUAGUAAAACUGUGAGGGGGAAAAAUGGGAUACUCGUUGAAUUAACCGAAUUUAACCCUUUGAGUGUGGGACUGUAAGCAACUGAUAAUGAUUGCUUCUGGUGUUUUCAAUCAUUGCUAGCUUUGUAGCAGAUACGUUUGAAUUUUUAUGCAUAUCUGUGCAUAAAACUUUUAGAACUGCAAAUAUUUGUCGCCCUAACAAUAUUAUUAUCAACAGGUAUUAAUUAUUUCAAAUCUUUUAAGUUGAUGGCAAUCCUAAAAAUAUAUUUUAACAAGGGAGUUUUAUUAGUAAAUCAAUCAGAUAAGUGGAAUAAGGGCGUAAGUGUUAAAAGUUAUUACUCUUAAGUUGGGCACUCAAAGGGUUAAUAAUCCAAGAACGACUGAUCGAAGCAACGCGAGAUACUUUUUUUCCCGAAAGCUCAUCGUUGCCAUCGAUUGUGCCUAUCUCUUUUAAAGGUGAACAAAUUUUUACUCGAAACACGCGUGUCACGCCUGUGGAACGUAAACGUUCGCUUCGUGGCUGUUCUGCGCUCCGAUGAAAUGAAAAAAUAAACCGACACUAGUGGUAACGAACGAAGUAUAUAGUGCAAAUCGUAAUUAUUAAUAUACAUACACAUAAAUACUAUGUAAUUAACGAAUAGAGACGACUGCUGUUAGUUGGACUAUUUCGUGCCUGUGGUGUAAUAUUACCGAUGAUCCGAUGUUCAAUCAUCCCCAAUUUUAAUUUUUAAAAAACGAUAAAAAAGAGCGGACAUAGAAAUUAAAUUAGCUGAGGAAUGUUCAUAGUCUUGAUAAUUAAAUAAUUGGAUAUUCGUCUGUUCGAUCAUUUUUAAUUGGUAAAAUUACUUUUAAUUAUAUUGUAAUGUUUAAUUUGCAAAAUUUUCUUUUUGUCAGUCAUAUUAAUUUUAUUUUUAUUAUUAUAUUAUAUCAUUAAAAAAUAUAAAAAUGUUGCUUAAUAUCAACACCAUGCAAUUAGGGAUUAAUUAGGGAUCUAUGUAAUUAUUUAUUCUAAAUGAUCUAUUUAAUUAAUUACGAAUUAAUUGCAUAGAUUUAUAACCCAUAUAAUUUACAACUGAAAUUGCUAUAUUAUAAUUAAUUAAAAUCUAUUCCAUUGUUAAUCAAUCAAGUCGAAUAUCCAAAUAUUUGCUAACCGCGAACAAUAAAUUUCACAAUCGUAGUCUUUCCAUAUUUUAAUGAAUCGUUAAAUAUAAUACUCGCGCUUCGCAUACCGUCGUUCAGAUCUGUCUGUUAAUGUCCUACGUUAGAUGACGAUUAGUUAGUUAACGAUUCUAGACAAAUAUCGAUGACAAUAAUUUCUGGUAAUUACUUUCACAUUUGUUAUAGCGAACUCUUAAUCCCGAUGAUACGGUCGCAAUUGAUAGUUGGAAUCGGUAUAUUUUUUAACAUUACUCGAUCGUGAUCCAAUUAAAUUCAAUGGAUCAAAGAUUUUUCAUAGUUUUCUGGCUGAAAGAGAAAGAACCAUCGAACAAUCGUUCAUUUAACGAACGAAUUGUUAAUUAAAGUGAGUGUUAAUGGCGCUACAAUUGCAGUAAUCUCUUUUUGCAAUAGCUCUAAAAUUAUUUUAAUCAGAAUUUUAAACAGUGCUAAAUUAACAGUUAUAUAUAUACGCUAUGCAAAUUUUAUAAGAAAGUACAAAAAAACAUUUACAUAUAUUUAAUCUCUUAAAAUUUGAAAUAUAAUCAUACGAUUACUUUUGACGAUGAGCAUGGUAAUUUACUAUUAAACGAAUAAUGCUAAUUAAUUGAUAAGAAUACGUAACGCGAUAGUAAUAUAUUUCUUGUACGAAAACGAAAGAAAUUCUUGGAUUACCAAUUUUCUUUCAUGAAAGAAAAAAAAAACAGAAAACUGACAUUGUUGUGCCGUCAACGCAAACUUUGCAUAAUCUUCUGAAAAUAUAUUUUCUCGCUCAUAGAACAGCUCACGCGAAAAUUUCUCGAGGCUAUUUCAAUUCUCAGUCGUAAUAUUAUUAAUCACACUGAUAUACCAAUAAUACGUGCAUUAAAUUAAUAUAGAAAAUCGAAAGGAUAAGCGAAAAGAAAUUACUCGAAUUGUCUCCUUUUUAAAUAAUAAAGAAAAACUCUUUGUAUCCACGUUUGAGAAAUCACUCAACAAAAUUCAUCUAAUAUAAUAUAUAUUUAUUAUAUAUAUACAUAUAUAUAUGAGCUUAUAGCGAUUUAUAUAAUAUAUCGAUGAAAAGACACCGAUAGUUCGUUGAAUAGCUGAUUCAGUAGAUAAAAGUCUAUCUCUCUUUGAUGUAUCUCGACGGAUUUGACUCUUAAUCUAGAAUUUAAUGAGAAAUAAAGAAAAAAGUAACAUACAUAAACACUUACAAAACACCUACGUAAAUCGUAAGCUUUAUCUUUCGUCGAUUUUAUCCAAAAGAAUUAUAAGUGCGUGAUGUCAAAGCACGAUCGAAUAAAAUAUAGAUUUUUCUACAUUUUAUUAUACGCGACUGAACGAUGCCAAAAUCACGACUGUAGUUUUUCUGCGAUUAGACGCGAGUUUACAAAGUGAAAAAAGAAUUUAAAAAGUAGCCAUUUGUUAUGUCACAUUUUUGGGACUGAUGUCUCAGUAUCCAUGAAAGACGGUCAAUUGAACGCAAAAUAUAAAAUCUUACACGAACAUAGUCGUAUAGCGAUCUUUCUCUAUUUCUAUAACGCUAUUAUAAAAAUUACUAUGACGUGUUUUCUCGAAAUUAUCCAAGAUUUUGUCUAAUCUACUUCGAGCUUGUUUAGUAUUAAAAUUUAUAUGGGAAUAUGGGAAUAUUGAAAUCAGUAGUUUAAUUCAAUGUUUCUUUGAAAUUUAUUAUUUUUACCACUCGAAUAAUAAAUCAACAUUUCUUCUUAUAGUUUGAUCAAUUUCUGCAGUAGAACUCUGUUUAAUAGAAUAGGAAUUGAAAAAUGUAUUGCAAAGAAAUUAAGGUGAAAUAUGGUAUCUAGUUUCCCACAUCAAUAUAACGUGAACAUUUGCAAGAAAAUUAUUAAUAAAAUUUACGUUUACGCCAACGACGCCAAAUAUUUAUGUGAAAUAUUAAAGUUACAAAUUUUUUAGAUUAAUUUGUUCAUAAAAAUAUAGUAAAGAUAAACGGAAUUCUAUUGCACAUUCUUACAAUCUUCUUACUCCACAUUUCACUACAUUACCACUAAAAAAGAAUACAAAUUCUCAUAAAUAAAUUACAGCAGAAGUUGGAUAACUACUCUAAAUUACAUUAAGUUGAAAAACUUUUUUAUUUUUUAUUUUUGCUAAAUGAAACAUUUACCAAUACAACUGUGAGAUUCUUAUGAUUAAAAUAAGACCAACCACGAUAUAAUUUCAAGCAUAUUUGCUUAUUCCCUUUUUAAGGUAAUAAGUAAGUAUGCUUCAAAUUAUAUCAUGUUGGGUCUUGUUUUAAUCAAAAGAACCUCACCAUUGCACUAGUAAAAGUUUUAUUGAAAAACAAAUUGAAAAUCAAAAGGUUUUGUUGUUGCAUUAGUAUUGUCUCAUCGAUAUUCCAGUUCAGAUCAGCUUCACAGUUCUUCAAUGAUGAUCCCCUAGGUGUUGGGGAUGCUUACCGGAAACUGUCCAAUGGAUCUGCCUGGGUAUUUAUCCAACUUUUACUAUAAAUGAAAGGAUUUCAAAAGUGUCGUUAAAUCGCUAAAAUUAUAUGAACACGUAUAGACACCCAUAGUAUGACUUUUUUAGCAUCGAUAGAAUUCAAUAGCGAGAAAAAUAUAAAUAUAGAAAUGAAAAGAGGAUCUGUACGAAUUUGGAAAUGCUAUCGAUACCAAGCAAAACGAAAGAUUCCAUAUUCGGUCGUUAUUUCUUUCUCUUCGUUCAACGUGGGGCUGUGAUUGUCACCAAAUAAAGAAACACAAUAACAAAAACAAACAAAAAAAUGGCCGUAGCACAAUGCGGGGUUAAAAUUCAUUAAAUACAAAAACGUGUCGUUUCUUUUCACCGUGACCGCUCGAUGAAAAAUCAUUCGAUGAUUUUUUCACACACACAUAAGUACACACAGAAAAUUCGUUCGUUCGUGUUUGAUGAACGCCUUCUCGUAGUUCAUACGGUCUUCCCAUCGAUGCUUGAAACGUUUCCUCGUUAACGAUCAUUUUAUAAAAACGAAGGCGAUCGAUUGGACAGCCGCGAGAUUUCUGUUGUGAACUUUCUUCGAAAUGGUUCGUUUUUUGAUCCGAUAGAAGGUUCGGUUCUAAGCUUCGUACGAUUCUAUGUAAUUAUUAGCACGAUUGAGAGAAGGAGUGAACGUGUGUGAGAGAUGAUUGAAACCAAAAAAAAAAAAAAAAUUAAUGAUAAAUAAC